AUGUUCGACUACGUGUAUCUUGAACCGCUGCCAAUCGUGGAGGCACAUUUGAUCAUCAACUCAAUCCUAGUGGGGAUUGCGGUGAUGGUUGUUGGACUGCGCGUAUACUCCCGCAUUUUCUCGAACGCAAGACUCGGUUUGGACGAUGCCUUCAUCUUAGUUGCCGCGCCUCUUGGCGUGGGCAUGUUGAUCGUCCAAGGACUAUGGACACGAAUGGGUAUUGGAUACUCAAUCACAGAAGCUGCAGUUAAUAUUGGGCUUAUUCUUCGUCUUCUGGUCGCUUAUGAGCUCAUCUUCUCUAUGGCAACAUUUGUCAUCAAGUUGUCAGUGCUCAGCUUCUAUCUACGAAUCUUUGUUCAUUGCAACCUGCGGCUAUACGCAAAGCUCAGUAUGGGUUUUGUUUCUCUAUGGACACUCGGCAAUGUACUGCAGGUUUUCUUGAUCUGCCGUCCUUUUGCAGCCUCAUACGAUCCCACAGUCAAGGGCACCUGCGGUAAUCAAGUUAGCUCGUUCAUUGCCAUUGGCGCUUUCAAUGCCAUCACCGACGUGCUGAUCUUAAGUCUCCCGCUACCGGUCCUUUGGUCCCUCCAAGCUCGUACGAGUACUAAGGUUGGCUUGACCAUUAUCUUCUCGAUCGGUUUGCUGGUCUCCGUCGUCGCCAUCAUCCGCAUUAUCUCGCUAGCCUCAGUGGACGUAAAGGGCGACUUGACCGGAACCAUGGUCUGGGCAGCCUUCCUAUCGACCGUCGAGCCAAACCUGGCCAUCGUGUGUGUGAGCCUGCCAAUGCUAGCGCCUUUAUAUGCCCGGCUACGUGGGCGCCCUCUCCUCUCCACCAAACGUUCACGUGGUGUUCCUGACGGCAUUAGUAUUAGCGUCCUGACAAUCGGCCAGAUGGGGAAACGGAAGCGAUUCAGCCGGAUCGUGGACAUGGAUACUGGAGACACUUUUGCCCUACAGACGAUAUACGCACCAGACACUACAAUUCAUAACCAGGCUGUGGCUACUAGGGCUGAGGCAGAGAUGAGAUCGCGAGUAACGGUAGAAGAUGCUGUGAGCUUGAACGGAUCAACUAGAUCACAGACCUCCAGAUAA